AUGCAAGAAAGAUCAACAGAAUCUAAUAAUAUUAAUGUGCUAGAUCUCGAUCCUAACAAUAAUUUUUCAAGUCGUCGACUCUAUUAUCUUAGUUCAUGGUUAGAUAAAUUUGAAAAAAAUAAACUUGAAUUUUAUUCUGUUAUAUUCGGUAUAUCUGGUAUUAGUUUGAUCGUUCUUGGUCUAUGUAUUUUUAUUAUAAUCUAUACUGCAUACGAACAUCAUUUAGUAAAUAAAAUUGAUUGUUCAAUUAUAAAUAUAACAUAUACACACGUAAAAUUAUGUCCAUCACGUCGAUGUCGAAUUUUUAAUUAUUGUAUUCCUUAUAUAUGUACAAUUAUUUUUGUACGUUAUCAUUAUAAUAAUUUUUCAUAUGAAUCGAAACUUUUUCCAUAUAAUAUUAAUUUAAAUUCGUCAUGUUCUUAUGAACCAUCUUCAUGUAUAUCUCGUUCACGUAUUCAAAAUGAACAAAUAACAUUUUUAAAAACGAUUAUGUUUAAUCAUUCAAAACUUAAUCAAUGUUGUCUUCAUUCUUUAACUCAACAACCUAUAAUUUGUAAUAAUUAUCUUAAUUCUAUACAACAUUCUAUUAGUAUUAUAUCUAUUGUUAUGUGUUUUUUGAUUGGUUUAAUUUUAAUUUUUGUGGGAAUAAUAACACACUUACAUCUUAAUAAUUAUUUCAAAUCUUCUCAGAAACAUGAAGAUUUUCUUGAUACAAUACUAAAUUUUCAUUUUAGUAAUGGUACAAUAGGAUCAGCUAUUGAAAAAACAACACCAGUUAAUUAUGAUAUAUUAACACAAACAAUAAGUCAUCAUAAUACACCAUCAACAACAAAAGUUUAUCCGAAUGAUGAUUUACUUUUAUUUGAUAUUGAUGAAGAAAAUAAGAUUUUUCAACAAGAAUGCUUACAUUUAAAUCAUCAAGAAAAAAUACAAAAGGAAAUUAUUCGACAAUAUCAAUUAGAUAAUGAUGAUGUAAAAGCUAUAUUAAAGACAAUUGAAAAUGAUUUUCAACAACAUAAUCAUAUAAAUUUACCGAAAAACUCUAUUGAACGAACAAAAUAUUUACUAGAAAAAAUCGAUAAUCUUGAUCUGUAUUUUCCAACAAUACAUAAACAAUUAUCAAUGGAUCAACUAUCAGACUCCAUAUCUCUCGAUCAUCAUUCUUCACCUAUUUCUGCUUCACAUCCACACGUUCAUUUUCGAAUGAAAUAA